AUGUGGAUUCACUGUCCACUGUCCACUGUCCCUGACCCUCCUGACCCAGAGAAGAACCACAGACACCCACUGUCCUCAGACCCUCCUGACCCAGAGAAGAACCACAGACACCCACUGUCCUCAGACCCUCCUGACCCAGAGAAGAACCACAGACACCCACUGUCCUCAGACCCUCCUGACCCAGAGAAGAACCACAGAGACACCGGGGAAAAGAGACAAACCCGAGGCCUUUAA